CAAGCUCAAUAAACUCAAGUCAAACGAAUAAAAAAAUUCAACACCACACUGACAGUCGGGUUGGCUUUUUUGGAAAAAAUUACCUUCUAUUUUCAUCAAAUAGCCCUUCACAAUGUCAGAAAAUAUGCAAAUUGAUCAUCCAGAGGAGGUGCCACAAAAUGAAACGCCCCGUUUUGAAAUAAAAAAGUGGAACGCCGUCGCCUUGUGGCAGUGGGACAUUGUCGUAGACAAUUGUGCCAUUUGUAGAAACCAUAUCAUGGACCUUUGCAUCGAAUGUCAAGCGAACCCCGAUUCCGCCGCUGCUCAGGAAUGUACUGUUGCCUGGGGUACUUGUAAUCAUGCCUUUCAUUUCCAUUGCAUUUCACGAUGGCUAAACACUAGAAACGUUUGUCCCCUAGACAAUCGUGAAUGGGAAUUCCAACGAUACGGUCAUUAAUGUUGGUACGGUAAAAAAGUUUUAAAUAAAUCAUACAAAAAGAUUAUGAAUUUUAUCAUUUCCUUUCUUAUUUUCCAAUCGCUUCUUGAUCUUUUUGUCUUUCCAUGACUGGCAAUGUCCCUUACUAAAUGAGAGGAAUGUUUCUUAUGAAUUUUACUUGAUGGAUGUACGGUGAAGGCAAUCGUCAUGACUCUUUUUACUUCUCGCUUUGCUUUGUUUAGAACAUCAUAGGUCCUUUUACUCAUAUAUUUUGGAAAAGUAAUUGUUGUCUCUUUCUGUUCUACAAGCUUCUUUGUUUCAUUUUCCACAUUUAUCUAAUGGUCCAAAAAAGAAGCAUAUCUUGGAGAGCUUAGCUAACUUUGCCAUUUUCUUUCUAAAUUCCAUUAUUAAUAUCAUUAGUUUUAAAUUUUAAAUAAACUAUAUAUAUAUAUAUAUAUAUAUAUACAUAACAAAUUUCUUCUAGUC